GCCGCACGGAGAGGAUUGGAUGAUAUCGUUAGCUAUCUCAUCGACCAGGGUAUUGAUAUCGAUGACAAAGAGGGCCUGCAUCUCACCCGAAAGACACCACUAAUGGAAGCGAUCCUCAACCAUCAAGAAACGACAGCUGUGCUGAUAGUCCCGCGAGGGGCUUCGAGAGGCCUAUGUCCUCCAAACUUGGAGGCAUUCCAGGCAAGUAUACGAGAAGGUCUGACAUGCCUGGUAAAGAUCAUCGUGGAGCGAAAUGGAGUGGAUGUCAAUGCCGAACUAGGAUACGGAUGCACUCCUUUGGUGUUGGCUGUCUGUCAUAGAAAAGGACGGAUGAUACCGACUUUACUGGAACUGGGCGCCAGCGCACUACCUGCGAUGCGACGAUUUUGCAGUGACAAUGCAUUUUUAUCUAUUCUUUGGCUGCUGGACUCGGGCUCUUCAGUUUUGCGGGGGUCCCUGAAAAUCGACGAGACGUCGGAGCUUAUCUUUUCCAUUGCCACGGAACGGGUGUCACCAUCCCAGAAGAAUCAGCAGAUUCUUUCUUUGGAGAGGCUUCUGAAAUUACUCUGCCAUGAUAGACAAAGUUUUGGCAAUGCCAUGGUAUCUUCCGCCAGUGAUUUUGAAGAUUUCCUGGAUGCCCUCUUGCAGACGGUAUUGUCCGUUGAUCACACAGACGAUCGUCUCGCCAGUCUGUUCCAGAGCUGGGGUGCGCGAAUCCAUACAGGAGUUUUCCUUCAACUAUGCAAGAUCUUGGGUUCUUCACUCUUCACCGAGGAUAUCCGGCGCUGCCUCCGCCAACAUCCUGGACUGCUCCACUGUUUCGAUUUCGUGCAUCAUUAUUCUUUGCAUUGUUCAAGCCCAGCAAGAGGCUGGGCAGUCAGCUACUUUCUCAAUCGAGUGCCUAGCUACGCGAUACGGCUGGUGCAAGAACUGAAGCGGCAUGAUCUUCCUUUAACUCGAAGAGGAGUCGAGAUGUUGGACCUUUCCAGUUUGGAAAACGGAAAACGCACCCGGAUAGGGCAACCCCAGCCCGGAUUUGAUGGCUUAGCGUGA